AUGCGCCAACGAAUCACCUACCUGCAGGAGCCACAAGAUGCGAUCGAUCCAAGCACACUGAAAGUAACGAAGAACUCGAUAUCGACCAAGAGUAUCACAGCCGCGAAGGAAGAAAAGUUAACGUUCAGUCUUGAGGAACUUCCGCAGGAGUUAGUCAAAGUGUUGGAGGAUAGUCAUGAGUUGCAUAUAAGAUGGGUUAGCGAGACGUCUUAUGGUGCGAUUGUGCCGUUGGUGUCGAGGUUGAGUCCUGGAUUGCAUGUGUUCUAUACUCCGCAGAGGAAUAGUAAUACUUCAGAGUUGCUAUGUCCAAUGCUGAAGAAGGCUUUUUCAAAAUUGCUGGAUUGCAAAUCCCCUGAGGAUUCCUUCACAGCUCUGCCUGUUGAACGCUUCUCUCACUCCGCGGCCCUACAAUACUACGCACCUCUUCCGAGUCUCCCGCAACUAGUAAUGUAUGUCCUCGAAAAUGUUUGCGAUACAGGCCCCACUUCCCAUCGAGUAGAAUGCGAGGCUCGCGCUGUUGGACUCAUAUCAGCCUCAUACGUCGACUUAAACUACGACACCAUCUCCCACGCCUUCACACUCACCGCUUUCUUCCCGCCCCAAGCGCAAAACAUGUCCCUCACAAACCUCUCCCCAGGCUCUUCGAGAUUAGAAGUCGGCAUCCUGUCAAUCGAGAAGCCCCUCGAGGUGGAAGAGCUCAGCCUCGGUGGCUUCCUCACAGUGGUUGGAGAAGAUCACAAACCCUCACCAACGCUCUUCUCCUUCCCCUCCAGGCACCACCCCACCUCUCAAUUCUUCACCUCAUCCUUCAAGCUCCCAACCGGUCUCCACCCAACUCUGCAACUAAACAUCACAGACGCCGUUCCCCCAAUGGCUGACCGAAGCUGUUCUCUGCACGCACACCUCACACUCCCGAAACAGAUAUUCGCAGAUAAAUACCAGCUCUUCGACCCGCUAUUUAUGUCGUCUAAGGGCUUGAAAAAGGUACACUAUAUUACCUCACCCGUGGAUCUCGAAGCCCCAGAGUACGCGGUGGAUAGCUGGGGUUCGUCGCUGCUUGUCGAACUCGCUCCUCUCACUACCACGUUCUCCUCUUCCCUCUCAAUGGCGGAAAUCCCCCUACAUCUGAGAUAUUUACGUCCCAAUGAAAAGAAGGGAGGACAAGAGAAGACUGAGAUCCCGUAUCCGGUUCUAUUCUGGGCUUGUACUGCGGAUGAGGGGAGUAAGUUCCCGAUUAACCCUUUUGAUCGUGUGAAUCUUGGUUAUGAUGGGUUAUUUGGGCCGAGGACGAUCUUUUGGCACUUGAAUCCUGAGGUUGGAGGGAAUGGAGAGAGAUUGGUGAGUGGGCUCAGUGUGCCGGUGCUGGAUUUGGAUGGGAGUCGGUGGGUGGAGAGCGGCACGGCGUGGGUUGUGGGGUUGGGAUUUUUGUGGGUGCUGUGGUGUUUGUGGGGUGUUUGGAGGAGGAGUGGGUUUGGGAGUGGGAGGGUAGAAGUUGGGAAGGAGAAGAAGAGGCAGUGA